UCUAUUUUAAGCGUUUUGAUGCGGUUUCAAGAUGGCUGCCCCCAUGAGACGAUUUUUCUUUUUUAAAUAAGUCCACCAAAAACCUCGGUUUUUGAACACUGACCGGCUUUACCUGAACCCCAAGUCGGCUCGCACCAUGUCUGCUAGCUCGUUAUUCAGGAACUGUCCUGGUUUUCAGGUUCUAAAACAGUCAUCGCAGCUGUGGAGGAAAUUUCCCAGCUGCCCUCAUGUCGGCACCAGCAGACGCCACAGUUCAAGAACAAGAAGGUUUUUCCCAAGGAGCCUCUUCUGUCUCCCUCCCUGCCGACAAGGCACAGACUGUCACACCUGUAACAGGAGACUUCGGCAGUCUGUCAGACUACUCAGCAUUUCCUCAAGAAACGGGACCUUCCUCCUAAGGACUGCUCCCUGCCUGAAAUGUAGGAAUGUGUCUGUUCUGGUGUGUAGCAGGCAGAUGUCUACAGAAGCAUCUGCAGUACAGGUGUCUACAGAAACAACUGCAGCUGCUGCACUGGAACAGGUGUCUACAUCUGCAGUGGAGCAGGUGUCUAUAGAAACAACUGCAGUGGAACAGGUGUCUACAGCUGCAGCAGCUGCAGUACAGGUGUCUCCAGCUGCGUCUGCCCCGUCAGGCCUGUACGCUGACCUGUUCGGCCCUGACUCGCCGCCGGUCCAGGCGGCCAUGACACUCCUACAGUCAGCACACCUCCAGACCGGGCUGCCGUGGUGGGCAACCAUCGUCAUGACAACGGCCGUACUGCGGCUGGGCCUGACCUUCCCGCUGGCUGUAUACCAGGCGCAGGUGAUUGCGCGCGUUGAGCUCCUUGCACCUGAGCUCGGCCGGUUCGCUGCCGCGCUGCGACGUCAGGUGUCUGUUGCCGGGCAACAGCGAGGCUGGACCGAGAAGCAGAUGAGGAGGAAGUUCAAUCUCAAGAUGCGGGAGUUCCGUACAUCCCUGUAUAUCCGAGACAACUGCCACCCGUUCAAGGGCAGCCUUCUGGUCUGGGUCCAACUUCCGCUGUUCGUGUGUGUGUCCUUCGCUCUGCGGCACCUGACAGGGACCUUCCAGGGGGGACAGGGGGCAGCCACCCUGCAGCCUGACAUGGUAUCCCAGGGUGCCCUGUGGUUCACUGACCUGACGGCCGCUGACCCCACACUGCUGCUGCCUGUGCUGCUGGGGACUCUCAACCUCGUCAUUGUGGAGAUGCACAGCCUGCAGCAGGUAGAGAAGACACGCACGCAGGCCGUCCUCACCAACUUCUUCAGGGGCAUCUCUGUUCUCAUGGUGAUGGUGGCAGCCUACAUGCCAGCGGCCAUGACCCUCUACUGGACGUCGUCCUCAGCCGUCGGACUGGCCCAGAACAUCCUCCUCAAGUUGCCACGGUUACGGCAAGCCUGCCGCAUUCCCCCCACCCCCCGGGACUCGCCCACUCCCUUCCGGGACAUGGCGGCCACCCUGGGGCAGAAACUCCGAGCGGGGAAGGAAAAAACAGCCGCAAAGUCCUUCCUGCAGGCCAUGACCCUCUACUGGACGUCGUCCUCAGCCGUCGGACUGGCCCAGAACAUCCUCCUCAAGUUGCCACGGUUACGGCAAGCCUGCCGCAUCCCCCCCACCCCCCGGGACUCCUCCACCCCCUUCCGGGACAUGGCGGCCACCCUGCGGCGGAAACUCGCAGGGAAGGAAAAACCAGCAGCAAAGUCCGGACAACAGAGAUUAUGAUAACAAAUAGAAAGGUAACAUUUGCAAAGCAGAUACAUAAUGUUUACCUUCGCAUAUGGUAAUUCUUACUCAUUCACAAACGUGUGGUGACAGAAGUCAAAAUCCCUCAUACUAUGAAAUUGCAACAUCAUGUAACCCAACAACAGUUACCAUGG